AUGGGUCGUCCUCCACCAAGAAUAAGUUGGUACUCUGGCAACACUUUAGUGGACGCUUCGGAUGGUGACAGCGAUAUCCCGAAAGUGAGGGAGAACGAGCUAUACCUGCCUCUGACGAGGGAUAAUGCUGCGGCCCUCUCCUGUAGGGCUUCAAACACGAAACUAGCGCCACCUCUGGUGGCUAGCUUGGAAAUUGAGUUAUACCUUCCUGCGUACAACGUGUCAAUUCACUGGGUGUCUGGGACGGCGGACGGCGUCCUGCAAGUAGGAAAGCCAGCAGUGGUAAAGUGCACCGCCCGGGGAUCGUACCCGCAACCCGAUUUGUCUUGGUGGCUGGACCACCGGCAUCUUACGCAACAUAGUAAUCAGAGUUGGACUAACUCGAGCCGUACCGCGGAAUCAUACUUAAAACUGAACCCCGCGGUGGGCGACAAUGGCGCAACGCUUGCCUGCGUAGCCACCAACCCCGUAAUGGCGCCCAGCCGGGGGUCUAAGGCUGAUGUCCUCACUCUCAAUGUCACUUACAGUCCAAUACUGGAAGUGUCCAAAAUAGGCUUCGGCAAACAAAACGAGGUGGUAGAAGUGGACUCGCUACACUUGGAAUGCGAAGUGAAGGCUAACCCGCCGAUACUACAGGUCUACUGGUAUUUUAAUGAUAGUUUAAUUAAGCCAGGCGAUAUAUGGGGAAAAAAUGUGUCGUCCCAGGUGCUUUACGUUUUAGAAGCGACUCGAGAGCACACCGGUCGGUACGCAUGCGCCGCAGCCAACUCUGUGGGAGAGACGCGAUCUGAAACCAUCUCUAUUACCGUGUUUUAUCCACCAGAGUGCUCAAACAGAGGCAUAAGACUCGUAAAAGAAACUCUAAGCUGUAACUUAAAGGCGUUACCAGCACCUGAUACAUAUUUCUGGCAUGUUCAACCGGCAGGAUUUGAACCCCAAAACCUAACCACAGGGUCUCAUAUCCUACCAUUAGACCAAAUCAAUGGACCUUUGUCUGACUUUUUGAAAGCAACUUGUUCUGGAAACAACGGCAUAUCGUAUCAGGAAGUCCCGUGUGAGAAGACCUUUAGUUUCGAACAUUUGAGACCUCAGCAGCCGCAGCAAUGUGACCUCGCGUAUGAGUACGGAGAGUUUCAUAUACGAUGUGUACCGGUGGAAAACGCGACGUAUUACGAAGUGUCAGUAUGGAGGCUGUCCACCAGCAAUUCCUCGUUAGUGCUGGAAAAGAGAGCGUCCAUGGGGUUCGGUACCGGCCAGGCCAUGGCCCAGGGUGGGUCGUGGCUGGUCCGAGCUGGGCUGGGAGAGAUGGGCGCGGGAGACGAAGCUGGGGCGCUGGCUUGCAAUCGAUAUGGAUGUUCGAGAGCGUUACUGUUGCGGCCUACUGAGAAUCUGCUGCAAGCCGCGUCGCCUCCGUGGUGGCAUUUGAACAAGGAUGUGGGAAUAGCCAUUGGAGCAGUAGUGGCGGUGAUUCUGUUCGUUAUUACCACGAUCUUCGCGAUCCGCCUGGCGCGGCGGCCGCGGAACAAGCCCGCAGCACCUGUCAUACAAGUGCUGCAAUUGGACGACGUCGCCAGGAACUUCUUGGACAACGUAGCGGAACAUAAAAUCCGCGGCUCGUCGACGAUCAGGCCGAGCAGUACUGUGUACUCCGACGGCUCGUGCGAGUCACUCGCCAGCAGCCUCGAGCGACGUCGGAAGCAGUUCUGGGACCGGUGGGAGCCGCCGCCUCCCGACGUCACUCUCACUCUCCACAGAGAAAGCGCUGUCUGAAUGUAUUUGGUGUAACUAGGAUUUAUUAUCGGCUGGUUUUUCAAUCAGAUAAUAUAAAUACGGGAAAACAUUUUGUACCCUUUUUAAACAGAGUUAAAUGAAAUUUAAUGAUGUCAAAUCUCACACUCCCGCGUGAAAAAAUUAAUUUAUGAAAAAUAAUAUUACAAA